GGGUGGAUAGGUUCAUCGGGUUCAUGUAGUAUUGGACGCCUCCUCCCAUUUCAGGUUGGCUGUUUCCCUAGCUCCCUUAGUAAAAGGGGAGGUAUAAGGCAAAUACUUGACAGAAAGUGGAAUGUAGGUUUGCACUGGAAAUAGCUAAAUAGGAGAACUUGACCUUUUCUCGGGACACAGAAAGUCGACCAGCUGAUGAUUCCAAACUAGCUGCCAUUUUCAGUGGUGGAAUAUAAAUCAUGAUGGCUGAUGGAUGUUGCAAAGGAAUGGAAAGAGGCAGGGGUAAGAUUGCAUCAGACUCUUUACCAAGACAUGCAUUUCCUCAGCAAUAUGUUCAGACCUGGUCACAGCAGCAAGGAAAUGACAUCCAAGAAUUAGCUUCCAAACGCGUCGACAUCCAGAAGAAACGCUUUUAUCUAGAUGUCAAGCAGAGUGUGCGCGGCCGUUUCCUUAAAAUAGCCGAGGUGUGGAUAGGAAGGGGCCGUCAUGAUAACAUCAGAAAGAGCAAGCUAACACUGUCUAUGUCGAUGGCUCCAGCUCUACGCUACUGUCUGGGAGACUUUAUAGAUUAUUACGCCCGCAUUGGACUGCGGGGGGGGCUGGCGCCUCCGCAGGUCGAGGACCACAGUAACAAUGGCCAGGGCCGCGGGAACGACUCCCGUAAGAGAGCGCAGGAGCAUCACGCGAACCUGUCCCCCACCGGUUCUAUUGUGUCCGAUGACCAUGCACACCGUGUUCUAAAGAGCGAAUUUAUUGAGCGAGACAACAGAAAGUACUUUCUGGACCUGAAGGAGAACCAGAGAGGCAGGUUCCUUCGCAUACGGCAGACUGUCAGCAAAGGACACGGUACAAUGGGCUACUACGGCCAGGGCAUCGAGCAGACCAUAGUGUUACCCGCACAGGGACUGAUUGAGUUCAGAGACGCUCUGUCACAGCUGAUUGAAGACUACGGGGACGAAGAGAGCGAAGACCGCAGCCGAGCAGGCUCCAGGAAUCGCAGUGAUAACCCCGAGCUUCCAGAGGCUGCGUCAUUUCGAGUGGACAACAAAAGGUUUUACUUUGAUGUGGGUUCAAACCGGUAUGGUAUCUUUUUAAAAAUUAGCGAAGUGCGACAGCCGUAUAGAAACACCAUCACAGUUCCCCUAAAAGCCUGGGCUAGAUUCGGAGAGAAUUUCAUCAGGUACGAGGAGGAGAUGCGACGAAUCUUUUCUUGUCACAAAGAUAAGAGGACAGAUGGCCAGCAAGACAGUGAGGGACAGGAGGACUGACCUUCAUGGUGCUUUUAGCAUGUAGCCUAAUUUAGGGAUUCAGUUUUGUUCAGAUGUGACAAUAAUAUGAUGUACUGUAUGUGCCCCUACCAUACUACUCAGAUGCCAUGUACUUCAUUAACUUUUUAGUUUAUUUGCCAAGGGCUGAUAAACUCAAAAUUUUUAACAUGCCAAGAAGUCAGUCAUCCUUUUCUCAUUGCUGAUUAAUGUGUUUUAGCCAGUUAGUCAGGGCCAUCCCAGGGUCCUGAGCCAGCUGCAUCCCUAUGCUCCCCAUACCAUACUCAUUCUUGCCAUUCAAAUUCAAGAGUGCACUGUUCAAUAACUUAAACUUUAAUUCUAAGUUACAUAGAAAGUUGACGCUAAUAAUAUCUGUUAAUAUUUUACCCCCAAAGCAAUAUGGUUAACAGUUUUAUGGCACACUAAUGUGCAGAAAUUUUGUCAGUUUAAAUAAACUGAGUUAAUUUGUUCAGUAUAGUAUGUUUUUGUGAUAGGUACAAUUUAAGAAAUGAUACAGAAAGAAAAAAUAUUACCCUUUAUUAAUAAAGAAAAUACCUCAUAUAUUGGAACUUACUGUAAGUGCAAUACACACAAGCAGCAUUAUAGAACACUUGCAACCCAACUGGACAAGUGGAAAAGAAAUUAAAUUACAGGAAUCAGAAUUGGAUAUGGGAAAUGAGUGUUGUAACAGAUUAAUGCUGCCAGUUUAGACUUGGGUGGAGGGGAGAAAAAUAAGACACAUAUUGUGACAUUAAUCACAUACUGUUGGUGUGUGCUGCCUUUUCACUGGUCCAGCUGGAAGUUUUUCAUUCAUGUUAACAGUUCCAGUUUAUGUUGCCUGAUAUGAGACACAUUGCUUUAAAUGUCCAUGAUAAUGCUGGCAAAAAUGAAUUUAGUGACAGCUUUUCCUGCAGUGCAGUACUUUAGGCCAAUCAAAUCUUUGCAAAUGACCAGACUAGAUCACCCUGAAAUGUGUAAAAUGUAGCACUGUGCUAAUUUGCUGCUUACCUCGGCAGCAUAACGAUGGGGGGAGACAUGUUGUGCUGUAGAAGCCUGCUCUAAAUUACAAGGACACAAAGCACUACAUGAUGUCCUGGUUUUUGAUAAGACUCUACCCUGCAGUUGUAGUGUGUGUUGCAUUCACAAAAGUGGGGGAGGUAAAAUGAGUUAAAAAACUUUAUAGGUACUGCAAUCCAAUUCUAUCCAACACAAGCACUUAAGCGUGAUUUAGACUUCUGCGGGAAAUCUGCGUUGCAACACUUAAAAAAGAACAUGCUUGUAGAAUUUGCUGACAGAAUAGAUCACUUGAUGACUAAAUAUAAUUACCUUAAAAAUGGUUAAUAAAA